AUGCUGCAGGACAAGGGCCUGUCGGAGAGCGAGGAGGCCUUCCGGGCCCCGGGCCCAGCGCUCGGCGAGGGCAGCGCCGCCCCCGCCCCCGAGCCCGCGCUGGCAGCGCCGGGCCUCAGCGGAGCCGCGCUCGGUAGCCCCCCGGCCCCAGGCACCGACGUCUCCGCCGCCACCGCCGCCGAGCAGACCAUCGAGAACAUCAAGGUGGGGCUGCACGAGAAGGAGCUCUGGAAGAAGUUCCACGAGGCGGGCACCGAGAUGAUCAUUACCAAGGCGGGCAGGAGGAUGUUUCCCAGCUACAAGGUAAAAGUCACAGGCAUGAACCCCAAGACCAAGUACAUCCUGCUGAUUGACAUCGUCCCUGCAGAUGACCAUCGCUACAAGUUCUGUGACAACAAAUGGAUGGUGGCUGGAAAGGCCGAGCCAGCUAUGCCAGGACGGCUUUAUGUCCACCCGGAUUCUCCUGCCACGGGGGCCCACUGGAUGCGGCAGCUGGUCUCUUUCCAGAAGCUGAAGCUGACAAACAACCACCUGGACCCCUUUGGCCAUAUCAUCCUCAACUCCAUGCACAAGUACCAGCCCCGGCUCCACAUUGUUAAAGCCGAUGAGAACAACGCCUUCGGCUCCAAAAACACAGCCUUCUGCACUCACGUGUUCCCAGAAACCUCCUUCAUCUCUGUGACCUCCUACCAGAAUCACAAGAUCACACAGCUGAAAAUUGAGAACAAUCCUUUCGCCAAGGGGUUCCGGGGCAGUGACGACAGUGACCUGCGUGUGGCCCGGCUGCAGAGCAAGGAGUAUCCCGUGAUUUCCAAAAGCAUCAUGAGGCAGAGGCUCGUCUCCGGCCAGCUGUCCGCCAAGCCCGACGUCAGCCCCCUGCACGGCGCCCACCAGGCCCUGCAGCACUAUCAGUAUGAAAACGGGGCGCACAUGCAGUUCACGGCAGCUGAGCCACAGGACCUGCCCCUCAACUCCUUCCCGCCCCAGCGGGACUCUGGCCUCUUCUAUCACUGCCUGAAGAGACGAGCAGACAGUGCCCGCCACCUGGAGUUACCCUGCAAGCGAUCCUACCUGGAAGCUCCCUCUUCCGUGGCAGAGGAUCACUACUUCCGUUCUCCCCCUCCCUACGACCAACAGAUGCUGAGCCCCUCCUACUGCAGCGAGGUGACUCCCAGAGAAGCCUGUAUGUACUCAGGCUCUGGGCCCGAGAUUGCCGGGGUGUCUGGGGUGGACGACUUGCCCCCACCCCCGCUGAGCUGUAACAUGUGGACGUCGGUCUCGCCGUACACCAGCUACAGCGUUCAGACCAUGGAGACUGUGCCUUACCAGCCCUUCCCCACGCACUUCACGGCCACCACUGUGAUGCCUCGGCUGCCCACCAUCUCCGCUCAGAGCUCCCAGCCACCAGGAAACGCCCACUUCAGUGUCUACAAUCAGCUGUCACAGUCUCAGGUCCGGGAGCGGGGUCCCACGGCCUCUUUCCCCAGAGAGCGCGGCCUCCCCCUGGGCUGUGAGAGGAAGCCGUCCUCUCCACACCUGAACGCUGCCAAUGAGUUUCUGUACUCUCAGGGCUUCUCCUUGACCCGGGAAUCUUCCUUACAGUAUCAUUCAGGAGUGGGGACUGUGGAGAACUGGACUGACGGAUGACUGCCAUGUCUCCCCGACAGCCCCAGGACCUGUCAAUCAGUGUUAACCUCGGUGGGUGGCCCGCAACACCAAGAAACCCAGGAAGGUAUUUCAAAGGGUGUGUGUGUGUGUGCAAAUGCAUGUGUGUGGAUCUACCUUCUGACACAUAGCUGAGGCCAGGACAAGAGAAACCCCAAUCAUCUAAGAAGUCAUUUUGGCUGCAGGACCUGGGACCUCUGUUACCUGGCAUCUCUUGACCUGCCCAGGCUCAGGAUAGGAGUGGAGGAUUCAUUGGAGUUAUUUAGAGGUUUUCAUAACACAGUUGGAUUCACUCAGGGGCCAGAAGUUGAAGUCUCUCGGCCUCAGGGAGAGAUUCCCUCCGCCUGGGUGGGAGGCCUCCGUGCACACCUUGGGGUUCUGGCCUUCUACACACAAGGAAAGCGCAGGACCCCUCCUAUGGCUUUGGAGAGUCUCUGAGACUCCCUGUGCCUCCGAGUUCGAGAGUGCUCUCAGAUUUGAGCUGACGGCUCAGUUGGUGGCCUGGAGCUUGAUCCAGGAGCUGUAAGGUCUGAGGGGUGACUUUCAGAGAGGGUCAAGUGCUAGAUGCCACCUCAUGGGUAUUUUAAAAUAUUUUCUUCCUUUUUCCUUCAUGAGUAGGGAAAAUGCAACCAGUAGCAUCUCUGGCAUCAUUCAGGCUUUGUGGUAAAGUACAGAGCCCUCCCCUCUGGGUCCCCAACAUGCCAUCUCUCUCUGGGAUACACAACUUGGCCUGUCCAGUACCCUCUGCACCCGCAGCCAGUGGUCCUGACGGGAACCUUGCCUGGCAGCACCCCUGGGAGUUCUGUCACAGCCAGUCUCCCCUGGGUCUGUUCCACUCCCAGAAAACCCAUGCCCAUGAAGCGAGACGUGCCAAAGAGAAUGUUUUAAAAAUUGAUUUUUUGCAGUAAAUUCAGCCAGUGUGCUCAGAGGAGCAGAGAUCAUUUUUCUCCUGGGGCUGACCUCUUG